CCCUCCCCGACCGCGCAUGCGGCUGUGCCGGGCCGGGGCAGCGCCGCCGCGCUCGGGGCCUCAAGUGCGGGCGUCCCCGGCCCCCUAACCUCCGGCCCGACAGAUGGGCUUAGGCUGGAGCAGCGCGGAGGAGCGGCAGCCGCUCCUGCGGCCCCCGCCGCCCCCGCCGGCAGCGCAGCGGAGGCCGCAGCAGCCUCGGGGGCCGGCGGGGGGCCCGGCCGUGCCGGUGCCGGUGCCGGUGCGGCGGUUGGCGCCGGCCGCGGGCCGCGUGUACGGGCGGCGGUGGUUGGUGCUGCUGCUCUUCUCGCUGCUGGGCUUCUCGCAGGGCCUGGUGUGGAACAGCUGGGGCCCCAUCCAGAACUCGGCCCGCCUGGCCUUCGGUUUCAGCGGCUGGGACAUCGCCCUGCUCGUCUUCUGGGGGCCCAUCGGCUUCGUGCCCUGCUUCUUCUUCAUGUGGCUGAUGGACAAGAAGGGUCUCAGAGUAACUGUAUUACUGACAUCAUCACUCAUGGUAUUGGGAGCUGGCCUAAGAUGUGUUCCAGUUUCAGACCUGGAACUAAGGAAGAAGCUGAUUCAUGGAGGGCAGCUGUUAAAUGGCUUGGCGGGGCCAACUGUGAUGAACGCAGCCCCGUUUCUUUCCACAACAUGGUUCUCUCCAGAUGAACGUGCGACAGCAACGGCGAUUGCCUCCCUGCUCAAUUACCUGGGCUGUGCUGGUGCGUUUUUAGUGGGACCUCUUGUAGUGCCAUCUCCUAAUGGAACAUCACACCUCCCGCUGUUGUCGCAGAGCAACACCGAGCACAUCAAGGACCGCAUUGAGGCUGUGCUCUAUGCAGAAUUUGGGAUAGUUUCCUUGAUAUUUUCCGCAGCAUUGGCCUACUUCCCCUCACGCCCUCCAUUCCCUCCCAGUGUGGCUGCAGCUAGUCAACGGCUUAGCUACAGGAGGAGCUUCUGCAGACUCUUAAGCAAUUUCCGAUUCUUGAUGAUUGCUUUAGCCUAUGCUAUACCACUGGGUGUUUUCUCUGGCUGGUCUGGCGUUCUGGAUUUGAUAUUAACACCAGUUCAUGUGAGCCAAGUAGAUGCAGGCUGGAUUGGAUUUUGGUCUAUAGUUGGAGGUUGUGUUGUUGGCAUAGCAAUGGCAAGAUUUGCAGAUUUUAUUAGGGGCAUGCUGAAAUUUAUUCUGCUGCUGCUUUUAUCUGGAGCAACGUUAGCAUCAACCUGGUUCACUCUCACCUGUCUAACAAGUGUCACCCAUCUGCCUUUAACCACAGCCACACUGUACACAUCCUGUAUUUUGUUGGGCAUAUUUCUCAACAGCAGCAUACCAAUAUUCUUUGAGCUCUUUGUGGAAACAGUCUACCCUGUUCCAGAAGGAAUUACCUGUGGAGUUGUCACCUUUUUGAGUAAUGUGUUUAUGGGAGUGCUUUUGUUUUUCCUCACGUUUUACCACACAGAGUUCUCCUGGUUCAACUGGUGCCUCCCAGGAUCGUGUCUGCUCAGCCUGCUCCUCAUCCUGUGCUUCCGGGAAUCCUACGACAGACUCUAUCUCGACGUUGUGGUCUCUGUUUGAUAACACAGGACUGCUGACAGGUUGGGAGAGACUGAGUUGAUUUUUGCAGUCUGCACAUCUGCCUGGAUUUGCACAGCUGGCCAGAGGGGAAAAAAAAUACAAGAUAUAAUUGUGGCUUUAUUAGUAAAGGUGAGGACAGGAUGUUUCUUACAUUCAAGCCCACUCAAUUUGCAUUCAUUACUGGCAGAUGAAUGUGCAACUUGAGUGGUCAUAAAGAUGCCUGAAGUGCACAAGGAGAAUAUAUCUGAUGUACAGGUUCCAGUGUCUGACCUGGGUUUCUCUAUUACUGUUCAUGUAGCAGUGAGGUGUGUGUGUGUGUGUAUGUGUAUAUGAGAGAGAGAGAGCCAACUCAAAGUUGUAAGCACUGGGGUACUGGUAACUUUUGAGUCUUCUAUCAGAAUAGGAACAGUGAAUAAUCUCAAAAAAAAAAAAAGAAAAAGAAAAAAAAAGGGAAAGGAGGACAAAAAAGAGGAAAAAUCUUUUUUAUUAAAGAUCUGUCUUUCAAAUUGCCAGUCAUUUAUAUACCGUGUCCAUUAAACAGUUAAGCUAAAAUAAUUUGGUGCUGUACACUACAUUUACAUUCUAAUAAAGUGAUUUCUGAUAUAAGACACUGGUACCAGGGUUUUUAGCCAUACUAAAUAGCAAAACAAUCCUUGUAAUGUUGCUAGGUGUAUGUUUGUCACCCUGGUGCAUGUAUAAUCCAAAUGAUAGCUGUAGCUGCCACUGAAACAUGACUUGCACAACACUUGCCUCUGAAGUACCACUAUGGUUCUGUAUGGGCACACAGCACCUGUGGUAUCUCAGAAGUUUACUGUAGAGUCAUUUUUUUGGUAAAUUUUGUAGUUUUAAAGGCUGCCACUGUUUCACCUUUUCAUGCUCCAUCUCCAGUACUGCCUUUUGUUCUUUUGUACUGUGAAGACCUGUUCACACAGUUAAGUACUGUUGGUGUGGAUGUUUGAGUCCUGGUUGUUCUCUUCUGGUACUCUUAAGGUAUGCAUGUUUUUUUAAGAUUAGUUUACAAUUGAGGGUGCCUAAGCAAUAUUGUUUGUUAAUCCAAGUCUUUAAAAUCACAGUUUCCUAAAAUAUGUUUAUAGUUUGCUGGGGUACCCUGAUAGCGAAAUGACAAUGAGAAAUAUCUCAUGAGUUCUGGCAUAACACGGGAAACAUAAUGCCAGCUCUUUUUAUCAGAACUAAUUUGUGGUCGUUGUGGCCCUUACUUGAACGUAAAUAUUGAAGACACUUGGAAUAGUUUUUUAACUCAAUUUUAAACUUGCUAAUAAUUUCUUAAUUCUAUUCUUAUAUUUCAGUUCAUCAUCAUUUACAGUAUUCCCUGUGUGUGUGUGCUGUGCUUUGUGUUAGGUGUGCGAGUGUGUCUGCAUGUUUAUAUCUAUGUAUGCACAAAUAUAACUUAUAUAUAUCUUUUACAUAUCUUUAUAAAUAUAUAUAUGAGUUGUAUAAGGGUAUGUGUUUACAUAGGUUUAUUUUAUGUAUUCCUGUCUCUGGAUGGUAGGUAUGCCACUAUUUGUAGCUAAACCAGUCACUGCCGUGAAUGAAAAUACAUACAUGGGCUGUCUGUGACAUGAAUUUUCUUCUCAUGGGGUGAAUGAUUUCCUACUGUAGCUGUUUUAUAAUACGGAGCACAUGCACGUGUUGGAGGAGGUUGGUGUGCAGAGUUCUGUGUCAAUAGAAGUUUGAAUCAAACGCCCUUUGCUCCUACGUGGGGCUCUUCUCUGUCUUUCUUGAGUGAUACAGACACUGUAAACUCACUCAAAUAAAACCUGAUCUGAGCACUACCUUUCAGACAUGUAUCCAUUCAUUCUCUUCUCAUUUAGCGGAGAGGAUACGCCAUUAAUACCUUCAACUCAGGAGUGUAUUUGUGCAGCAAAAUAAGCAUGCUGUUUCAUGGCAGGUGCUUUUAUGUUUUCUGAGCGAUGGAUGUAUUUACUGUAGUAAGUAACAGAAAAUUGACUUAGCUCAUUGCCUGUACCAGCUACUAAAUGAUCUUUUUUUCCCCUUGCAAGUGGUUCUUUGUAGACAGUCGAGCUAACUUAUGUAGAGAUAACUUAAUCAAUCUAACCAUUACAUUCAGAACCACCGGCAUCAUCCUUUUGCUGUUUUCAGAUGGAUGAUAUUAACUGCCCUACUUCUUUUUACUAUGUUUCAGUGCCUCGAAUGGUUUCAGUAUCCAGUAGCUGCUGCUACCUAUUGUCUUCUGAAAACUAGGAUUGCUUGCCAAGAAUUUGAUUGGAGUUACAUUGUCAUGGUAGAAUUGCACCCAUGGAUGGCUCUUCAGAGCUCUACGUCUGCAAUUUACUGUAGCUAUAUUAAGGUGAAAAUUGUACCAUUCAGGCACUGUCCCAAGUGACAGAGGUUUCUAAUCUUUUUGCUGUCCAGGCUAUUUUGAGAUGAAGGAGCACCUGAGGCAGCGUUCAGACUAUAACCUCUUCCUCUUCUGUUCCAGAAAGCAGUGAACAAUUCAAAAUAUUUGUCAGUGCUGCCAGAUCCAGACUAUGUUACUGUCAGGAAGACUGAAGGUCUUGUUUUAAACCUUGUUGAGUGUUCUCCUGAUUUGCUGUGAAUUGCUCACUGCUCUCCUGAAAUUUGGUAGGAGUUUGAGCAUCUGUCUUGGGCACUGUAAUGUGUGGUCUUAAUUACAGCCCUCGGUACCUCUGCACAGAAAACUGAACUGCUGCCUAGAGCUGGGCAGUGCAAGAAGACUGUUGGAGACCUGCACUGUGCCUGCAGGCCUCAAUCUGACUUCCCAGAACAUCUCAUGGAAAUCGGAUUGAAAUCUGAUGGAAAUUGAGUGAACGCCAAAGGAUGGCACCCAAAUGACUUCAAAUUGAUGAGGACCCUGCAUUCCAGACAUGCAAUCUCCAGGUGCUGUGCUCUUAUUACACUAGCAAGUCUAGCAAGGCUUGGAACAGGAGGUGGGGACUGUGAAUGUGCUUGCCGGUAAGUCAGGACCAGCAUCCUCCUGUGGUGGAGCAGUCCAUUUUGUGUUAGUAACCCAACUGAAGCUUUGGGAUUAUUUCUUGGAUAACUUUUUUGCUUCUCUUCAUGGCCCAAAAGAGCACUUUUACCCAGCAGUGCAGAGCCCUCUAAAAUAAAAUGUCCACAGUUAUUUGUAUUUUGAAAAUGCCGGGAAGAAGCACAGUGGUCAUUCUCUUCUCUUUAAAACAUCUUCAUUUCAAGUAGUUAUACUCUGGUCUGCUGCUUGUGUUUCUGUUUAUAUUACUAAUAACUCUUAAUUCGGUUCUACUGGCUUUUUUAUAGCUAGCUUUCAUAUUGCUAAUGGGUUUAGUAGAAGCUGGCUCUGCUUAUGCUGCUGUUUAUUGUCUGUUUGCUGUUUUUACCCAUGAAUUUCCUUUUGAUUCCUUCGCUUUGCUGAGUUCCCUCCUGCUCCCCUGUGUUGGUGGCAGUGCAGGGACUGUGGUGGAGAAGAGCUUCCAUGCUCCCAGUUCCUGCACUUGAGAAGUCAAACAGAUAGGGUUUACGUGUGGUAUGGAUUUAGGUUCACAGCAUCUGCUGAGUUAUUCCAAACCAUCCAAUGGAUCAGGAGUUGUGGGAGUGGGAUGUCUUCAUCUUCACAUGGGUUGGAAAAUCCCAUUCUGUGUCUGUAGCUCUGAGGGGACAGGCUGAUGCAUGUAAUGUGGGAGGGUGGGGUUUCUGUAGGGCCUUUCAGCACUGCAGUACCGUGUGAGUUGAUCAAAUCCACAUAGAACGUGAAGUUUUGUGCUGAGAGAGAUAUCAAUCUCUGGCUUAUCCUAUAGUAAUGCAUUGCCUAGACACUAAUGUAAAUAAACUGGAUUGGUAUUCAUAUAUCGGCUGUUACUGGGAAGGGAAGUGCUGUUCUGUGUGAGGAUUGACUGGAAUAUAAGCAGGGAUUAUGCGGUGAGCACAAUGGAUUUAGCUGUCCUGCACUGCUCUGACAGCAGAUUUUUAAUUGUUAAUCCUCAUUUCUUACUUUAGAUCACGUUCAAAUGUUAAUUAGCAUCUGAAGGGGAAAAAAAAAAAACAACAAAAGCACUCAGCUGGGGCUUAUUUCAUUAGAUUUUCUUUGUUGUUGUAAUUAUGGAUUUUGGUAAUAAUUUGGCAAGGUUUGGCUACACCUGUAUGGGUCUUGUAUCAAGUAUAUGGAUUUGGUGGUAGUGUCGCUGUUCCCAGUGUUCCUAAAGCACCAGGCUAUGGCACAUGCUCUUGUCUGGAUGCAUGUGGGGCUGCGGCUGUUCCUGCUGUGGAGUUGGUGUCGGAGGCAGCUAAGAGUCUGCUUGCUUCACCAGUGAGCAUCAUUUCAGGGCAUGGAGCCGGGUUCCAUGAGAGGCAGCAGACACAGUGAAAAUCAGAUGUUGUCAAUCUGCUUGUAAUUUUUACAGUUUGUCUUUCAAUGCAGAUGAAACUAAUAAAUAGAGGAGGAAAUGUAGCUUGGCCCAAAGUUUUGACAAGCGGCAAAAAGCAAAUAUUUGCACAGAUGCGCUGGCUGCUGCUUUCCAUUUGGGAUCCUGGUAUGUUAGGAACAUCUCGUGCUCAACCGAGUGGUUUGUUGGGCUUGGUCAGGGAAGUCAGUGGGAGAAAGGGAUGUGCUGAUGGGCUGCCCUGAGCCCUGGGGCCUUCGGUCCUGAGCUGCACUCCUGCUGUGACCCACUUCACUGCAGUUGGCAUGCGUUUUACUUUUGUAAUUUUUUAAAGUGAGUUAAUAAAUUUAUUUUAGGGCAAAUUUUACUUUUUGUUUGUGAUAUUCUGAUGCGAUAUAUUUUUUAUUUUGCAGAAAAUAAUGUUUAAACCACCAUAUACCUGUCAGCAUAACACGCCCUCUGUAUUGUUUAACACUGGAAUCUCGUCGUGAUGUGCUUGUCACUUUACAUACUGCUUGUUGCACAUUAAAGAAGUCACUCAGCUGUGCCACCAUCAGUGUUCAUUAAUUCAUAUGGCACCCUGAGGGACUUGCUUAUUUCUGCUAGAAAAUCAAUGAAAAGUACUGAAGGUACUGCUGCACAGUGGAGCAUCCUUAGUCUGAAGGGCUGAGCCCCAACCUUGGGGCAGAGAGCACCUUCUGGCUCUGGUUUCCUGUCCCAAGAUGCUGGGAGCCGUCUGGUUUGCUAUUUUGAAAGGGCCACCCUUCGUCAUCCCUUUGCUCAUGUUUAUUCUUCACCUGAUUGAAACAGACCCAACUGGGAUCCGUGUUUAUGUUCUAGGACUGGCUCUUCAAUAACAUCCCAGCCACGGACAAGUUUAAAAUAGCAUCACCUCCUUUCAGUGUCGGGAAGGCUCUGUCAGUCCUGGUGGUGGGGAGGAGCUGGGCCCAGCUAUUCUUAGCAGCAACCUCUUUCCAGCCUAUAUAUGGGAGCUGGAGGCCACACUGCUCCCAGGCAUAUUUAUUGCCAUGGUGCUGCAGCAAUCUGUGCUGGAGGGAUCAGGGCCAGGGUGUGGCUCAGACCUGUGAGCUGGCAAACCCUCUCUGCUCGGCCUUGCUCAAGGAGAUGCUUUGCCUGCUUUCUAUUUAAUCUUUCCAGCCAUUGGCACCUGCCAAGUGGCCACCCCACAGCAUGAGGAGGCCCCAGUCCAAGUGAAGCCAACAGCAAUGUGAGCAUGUAAAUGGGGUGCAGCAAAAAGAGAAUUUCUGUGAAGAGCCCUUCGAAAAAUUUGUUGUUGCUAAGAAAUGUUGAAAGCAGAAAACAAUAAUGUGGCUGCUGCCAGAGCAAUAAGAGUGCAUCGGCGCUUUGCCUCUCAUGCGCAGCGCUUGCUUGUGACAGUAAAUUAAGUACUGCAGAGAUGGGGAUGAUUUUCUCCGUGGCCAUUGAUGCUUCACAUCACAGAAAUAUCAAACGGUGCUGCUGGAGGUGGUUCAUUACCCGGCGCAGGGAAGCGGAGCACUCUGCCGUUCCCCCAGCAGUGGGCAAUGGCUGCGGGCUGUGUGGUUCUCCCCAUGUCUGAUGACUGGAGGGAGGGCAUUGCCUGUCCUCACCUCAGUGCUGGGAGUGAGGUGAGGUGGUUGUUGGUGGGGCUUUGAUGUUUGGAAGUAGAGUGGGGCAGUGCUGAAAGCUGCUUUGCUGUGAUUAACCUGAGGCUUGGCUGCUAAGCAGAGUGCAGUGACAAUUCCACACGAGUGAAGUUGUAUGAAUGAACUAAAGAAAACACGUCAAAAUGCAUUUCAGCUGUUAGCAAAACAGCAUUUUUAAUGACUCUCCAAAGCCUUUGGUAAUUGAGCUGUGUGUUUGAGAGCGUGCAGUCUUGCACGUACAAUGGAAAGAGAGAAGCCCUGGGAACGGUGCAGGAAGGAGCUUGUGGGCUGGAGCCUCUGACCAGAAGCUUGGGAUGGACAACAUGGGAGUGCAGGACAGAUGCAGAACCUCCUGGAGCCAUCCCAUACACAUGUAAGCACUGUGACUGUCAUUACAGACCUCUUGGACUGCCACAGCUGUCCCCACGGGAAGCAGAGACAGGACUGGGGGGCCUCUUCAGUGGAGGACAUCAGGUUGGGCUGGCACAGUUUGUUAUUGAUAAUGUAAUUUAGUGCUAAUUGACCUUUACUCACCCAUUUUGCAGUGGUUACAAAGCACCCAGCAGUGUUCCCUGAUGGGGGGGGGAGGAAGGGAACAACAGCAAAAGGGAUUCAUGCAGAGGGAUGGGGUAUGUGGGGGUGUGAUCUUCUGCCCCCAGAGCAUUUCUGGCAGAUUGCUUGGAGGGCACAUAGAAAUGGAGUGCACUGAGCCUUCUGUUUUCUCCUUUGUUGGUGUUCUUCGUGCUCAGCCCCAAGCAGCCCUGUGCUGGGACAUCCUACAGCUGCUGCUCCAAGCAAAGCAUCUGCACUGAAUGUGGAGCACCCCUGCUUUCUACACUGGUAAGAACUUGAAAAGUAAACUGGUGCACCUGGGAUGUGGAGUGAAGGUGGGAGAGCAAACUGUGCCAGGGCUGCAAGUGAAGCUGUUAUGUUAAUGAAUCAAAUUAGCACCUAGGAAAAAAUGUUGCGGUAGACAGAUUUCAAGGAAAUUGGAAGUGGGCUCCGACGUGCUGCUUUUUUCUAAUUGUGUGCAGAGGUGUCUCUACAAAACAAAGCCAUUCGGAAGUGCCCCCUCUGUGUUUUGGUGCAAAGUAACUGGAUAAAAAAAUCAAUCAUCUUAUUCACAGCAAGUUUAUUUUUACUGAUCUUGUGCCUCUCAAUUACUUUUUAAUGGUCUGCAUUGAAAAGAAAUUCCUGUAUGCACACUUGAGAACAUGAAAACACCCAAAUGAUAGCUUAUGAUUUAGUAGGAUUAAAGUAUUAUGUAUGCAGGUGCAGCACGUUUCAGGUUAUUAGUAAUCCAAUCUAUUUUUUACGACAUUAUGGUGUAAUUUUCUGUAUAAAACUUCAAUAUAAGUCUCGAGCUGCAUCGGAACAUAAACUAAAAUGUUCCUGACUCUGUCACUUUUCAUGGUCUUUACUUUGAUUAAUAAAUGCAAGUGGAGCUAUAACAUCCCACAGUGAGAGGCCAUGAUCAUCCUUCAAUCAGAGUGUGUCCCCCCUGAUUUCUGGAACUAUUUGCAUCUCAGUGCAGGGGAUGAGGAGCAGCUGCAGCACCCCCAGCUUGCAACGGCUGCAUGCCCUGCUUCCCAUGUCCCCAAAUCUGGCACCUGCACUUGGGAUGAGUUUUGCUCUCCCCCUGUUGGGCACCUCAUGCAGAAAGCAGCUCCUCAUGGCAGGAAAAUAACCCACAAGCAUGCCAGAUUGUUCUGUUUUAUUUCUGAAUUAUUCUUUACAUUGUACAAUAUAUAAAAAUACAUAGUACCCCAAAAAAAUUCACAGUGUCUAAAGGCAGUGAUUACAGUCUAGGUCACCUUUAUACUAAAGUACCAUCGAGUUCAAUUGCAUAGGAAGGGUGAUGUGCCUCCACUGCAGAGUCCAGUGACACGCUCCAGGUUUUCUGUUUGGGACAAGAGUUCCAAUCGCAUCUCCCCCCAGCCCUGUGCCUGUUGUGCCCCCACCUCCAUCACACACUUGGCCCCAUCUCACUCUUCACACACCCUGAAGCCUCUGUGGGAGCGGGGCUGCAGCCUCAUGGCAUUUUGUGUUUCUCGCAAUGGUUGGGUUCAAAGCAAAGCAGGAUGGGGGCUCUAGAAAGCCAAAUGCUGCUCUUAAACUGCACACGCACCUCCCAUGGCAGGAGUGGGUUUGCAGCUGAGGCAGAGCAGAAGCAGUGGCCCAAAGGGAGGAUUUCAGGGCAGAAGGGUUGAGGGUGGAUGACCCCACAAGGACCCAUUCCCCACAGGGGGGUUGUUUUUGGUCGCUUCUGAAGGCAAUCGCACAGCACCGAAACCUGUGGGUCUCCUCACCCAGCCCAAACCUGCUCUAGCAGCCUUCUCAGGUUUUCUCCUUACAAGCUGAAAGGGAAGAAUCCCCCAUAUGAGUCCAGUCCCUCCUCAGAAGCACCCUUGCCAUAGGGUGCUGCCCCUGCACCGCAGCCUUGUUUGGAGCCCUCUGAAACCAAAAGCCGUUGGUUUUCGGGGUUUCUCGACCCUAAAUUUUGCAUUAAACUUAUUUGUGUCCCCAUAAGGCCAGUCUCAUGAUGCUGAUCAAUAACUCAGAAAGCAAUUGCUAACUUCUUAACAUGGAAGAUGACAUUGUUCCAGUUCUUGUAGUUUAUGCUUUACUCUAAUGGUACAUUAUUUGUUACUCUACUUGCUAUUUUAAUUUUCUUUGCACAAUUACUCCCUACUUAUAAUUACAAAAACAACAGAGUGAUACACAUGAGAGAUUCAGGAGGCUUAUUCAGAAAAUAUAAGCAGUAACGAGAAUCCUUUACUCAGUCAUUCUUAACCAGAAUGAUUUAGGGGAGAAUCAGCACUUCUAACUAGAAAAAUCAAUUUUUUUUUCAAUUAAAAAAUUAUAUUUCAUUUACCUCAAAAGCAUAUUUUGUUACCCCCUAAUGGAAAGGACACUAGAUUUGUACUUUUUUUUUCCUUCAGUUUGUCCCUGUGGCAUUUGAAUACCAGCACUGCCUUUCUUAUUUUAAGUUUCCUCUGCAGGCAUUUUGCUAUAUAUAUAUAUAGAGUGUGUAUAUAUUAUAAAUAUAUACUGUACCUAUCCACCGAUAGAUGUAUACACUAUUACAAAAAAAGAGCAAGUUGUUACACAAACUUUACAUUUACAUUUUAUAUAUAUAUUUAUAUAUAUAUAAAACUCUCCCCCCACUACAUUUGGUAUAAAGAAUAAAUCAAUCUCAGUGGACAGCAAUUUCCUCCCCAGGUGGACUCAGCAUCAGAUUAACACUGGAGGCAUCAAAUUAUCUGCAUCAGACGAGGACUCCGUUCCUGCUCUCUGUUGAUUUCAAAAAGCAAACUCUGUUAUCUGUUUUUCUACAAGUAAGGCAUUAGGAACAGUGGUGGUAGCACACUACAAAUUCUUCUCCUACAGUAGCUGUACAGUUCGCAUAUUUGGGUGUGGAACAUCCCACUAUAGGUGUUUCUGCUGAAAGUUGGGCUGUCAGAUUUCCACUGUCUUAUGUCCAUUGCGUUUCGUGCGCUGUAUGCCCGAAUCCUCCCCAGAACCAAUGGCUCCAGACCAACCCUGUGACCACCCAGGGUCUCCUCUUCUCUCAGAAGUGAAAGAAAAAGGAGAGCUAGAUGGUUUCAUUGGGAAGCAGUGUUUCCCAAUUAAGUGCAUUUCCAGUGUAGUUCAAGCUGUUUCCUAAGUUCAAGCUGAACUUAGGAACUUUUAAACUCUAGCAGCAGCCAUGAGCAGUCCAACCUGCUACAGCUACUGCAGAUCUAGCGAUCAAACUGCUGUAUUACUUGGACAGCAAGAAUGUCAUGUAUUUGUGUCAUUAACCUGCCACACAUUAGAGAGUUCAUAACAAAACGCAACCCUCACACCACAUUUACAUGAUCCUUAAAUAACUGCACCCUCAUGCAAACAGUAACUGAGUAAUAAGUGCUCUGAUUUCUCUCUCUCCGCGCUCUCUCCUGGUUUCUGCUUUCUGCUCGAAUGGAGCCGCCAAGAGACCCUUGCUGUGACUGCCCAUUGCAUGAAAAGGACUGGGUCCAUUUGGAAGGCUGGUAAGAAGAGCAUUUCAAUGAAGUGAUAACCACAUGUACCACCCUUAAAGCAUCUGCCCUCCAAUAGCUAACAAAAUAUCCACCUUCUGAGCAAAAUGGCAGUAAUGACCCAUCAUGGUGAGCUGAACAUUUAAGUAACUUUAACUGCGAUAUGGGAGCUUUCUUUGGGGAAAAAAGCCAAGCAUGGAAGAAUGCUUAAAGCGAAGAGAAAAAAAAAA